AUGUUUGAUGUCGGCGGCCAACGCAGUGAACGCAAGAAAUGGAUCCACUGCUUCGAAAACGUCACCUCCAUCAUCUUCUGCGUCGCCCUCAGCGAAUACGACCAGGUCCUGCUCGAAGAAAGCAACCAGAACCGCAUGAUGGAGUCCCUCGUCCUCUUCGACUCCGUCGUCAACUCGCGCUGGUUCAUGCGCACCUCCAUCGUCCUCUUCCUCAACAAGGUCGACCUCUUCCGCCAGAAGCUCGGCCGCUCCCCGCUCAACAAGUACUUCCCAGACUACUCCGGCGGCAACGACGUCAACCGCGCGGCCAAGUACCUGCUCUGGCGCUUCAACCAGGUCAACCGCGCACAUCUCAACCUCUAUCCUCAGACUCCGGAAUAUUAUAACCUCGUCCCCCUACCUCUCUUCUAUCCGACUACCACCACCACCACCACCAUUACUACUUCCCGCUUCUACUUCAUGAGAUACCACUUACAUACCCACGACUUUUUGACUUCAACCGGCGUUCACUGUUGUUCUGUCUGUUCCUCUCUUCUUGUCUGUUUUACUGCCGUGUUUUAUCUUUUUUUUUUCCCAUCUCUCUUCUUUUUUACUCUCUCAUCUACCAAACGGGACGACACUGUACCGGCGCGGCGUCCUCUUUUUUUCUAUUCCAUUCCAUUUCCUUUUUCUAUUUCCUUUAUUUCCUCGGUCAUCUUCAUCUCAUCAGCGAGUUUCUUUGCCUUUCUCUUUCGUUUUCAUAUCUUCUCUUCUCACUCUCCUUAUGACGCUGCACGCCCGCCCAAGCACUGCACUAUAUCUAUUCGAUUUCUCUCUCUCUCUCUCUCUCCUCCCUUGAAAAAAGACGCCUCCCCCUUUCUUGGUUCGUCCCUUUUACUACUCACUUUCCUUACUACUUUUUUACUAUUCGGUUAA